AUGCCGUCCGCACGCCGACUCCGCCUGGUGACGCUGGCCGCCGUCGUCACCGUCGUCUUCGUGCUCCUGUACGCCUCUGGCUUCGGCGGCGGCAGCGGGCAGUCGGCCGACUUUUACCACAAGACCAUGGACGCCAUGCACGGGCGGUCGCCAGCCGGCCAGUCCGUCAUCAACUCGGAGACGGGUCUGAAGACGGGCCACAUACCCGCGGACCGCGACGGCGACGGCGACAUUGACGAGGACGACCGCAAGCAGGGUCAGGACCUGCAGCAGCACCUGAGCAAGCUGGCGCAAGAGGCCAAGGACAAUGCCAACAAAAAGGCCGGCCCCAAGCCCGACACCCCCAGCAAGCUCGUCGGCGUCGGCAACUCGGCCGAGGGUAACCGCAAGCCCGUCGCGGCCAAGGAGGCGGACGCCGAGGUGGCGGUGCCCAAGGGCAAGGACAAGGAGAGGGUGCCGGAGACGCCCGCCGAGCAGGCUCUGCACGGCAUUCUCAAGAAAGGACCCGUCGUCAUCUUCUCCAAGACGUACUGCCCGCACUCGCGGCGCGCCAAGGGCAUCCUCCUCGAAAAGUACCUCAUCCACCCGCGGCCCGAGGUCGUCGAGCUCGACGAGCACCCGCUGGGGCCGGACCUGCAGGACCUGCUGCUGGGCCUGACGGGCCGCCGCACCGUACCCAACGUGCUGAUCAACGGCGAGAGCAUCGGCGGCGCCGACGACAUUGUCGAGCUCGACAACACGGGCAAGCUCAUCACCAAGAUUCAGGCGCUCGGCCAGCGCAAGGUCGAGGUGUCGGAGCGCUUCUCGACCGAGCAGAGAUCCAAAUCUCUUGGACCAUACCCCGGCGCUCCGCUCUCCCGCACCCCACCCCCCAUCCGAGACACCGGGGAACCCACCAUGCGCCGCGAAUCAACCACCUCCGACGCCGCCUCGGUCGUCUCCUACGAGACGACCAGCUCUCUCGUCAAGGAGAAACCUGUCACUUCCCCGCGCCGCAGCAGCAGGCUCCGGGAAAAGGCGCGCCGCAUGCUCGCCGACCUGGGCGCGCCGCCCACCGCCCGCCAGGACGCCAAGGACGGCAAGCGCACGCUCAACUUUGCGGACCCCGGCGGCCUCCUCGGCGACGGCCUGUUGAAGCCGGGCAGGAUCUAG